GCAGAACACAGCUGAUUGCUUGACGGAUCGAGCACACAUUGGUUUAGCGUAGUUUGAUUUCUGGAAUCCACUCUCAGAUUACUCGAAGGCAAAUUUACAUUUUUAGGGUAAAUGUUAUGUUUAUCAAUAUUCUAAAUAUUGUGUUGAAUGCUCUCAAGUAGAUCCACCAUUGAUUUUUCUUGUAAUCCGAUCGGCGAUACAUGUUUAUUUUUAACUAUAAAGAUAUCCAUCCAAAACAAUAAAUCAAGAAUGGCGAGCACAGCUGUUCUAGCCGGUCUCGGCCUUGCGGCAGUCGGUUUUCUUGGGAAACACCUCAUGCGCCGAAUGCCUGCGAUGAGCGAGAAGUUGACGGAGGCAAUAAAGACCUUGCCCAAAUUCGAUGCUGAAUCGCUAGCCAAUUCGAAAUACUAUAAAGGAGGAUUCGAACCGAAAAUGAACAAACGAGAAGCAUCGCUUAUCCUCGGUGUCAGUCCUACGGCGUCGAAAAAUAAGGUGAAAGAUGCCCACAAACGAAUAAUGUUGUUAAAUCAUCCAGAUCGUGGCGGGUCACCAUAUCUUGCAGCCAAAAUCAACGAAGCCAAGGAUCUUUUAGAUAAUUCGAAGUAGGAAUAUGGCCUAGCGGUAGCUCUGAGAGUUUGGUAGAGCCCAAAUUGCCUUGUACAAAAGUUAGUUGCUUUAAUAUAUUAUCAAGUUUGAAA